AGGCGGCGACGCAGCGCUGCCAGGCCGACGUGACCUUCCCAACAUGGCGCCCGCCCAGCGCGUAUGAGGGCGGAUCCAGGAGUCGCCGCAGCCAAUGGCGGGCCGCAGGCGGUGGCGGGGCGGGGAGGACAGCCGCCUUUCACCCAACCCGAAGCUCGGGAGGUGGCUGGGGAGUGAAUUUUCUGGAAGGCGACUUUAAAGGCGCCGGGCCGGAGCGAAGGGCGUUUCGGUGUCGCCGCCGCCCGUGCUGGGGAGGCCGCGUUAGUGGCAGGAAGCGAGCUGAGCCGAGGUCGCGGAACAAGCCUGUGACACCCACCCCUCGCAGGAUGAACCACAAGAGUAAGAAACGCAUCCGCGAGGCCAAGCGCAGUGCGCGGCCAGAGCUCAAGGACUCGCUGGACUGGACCCGGCACAACUACUACGAGAGCUUCCCGCUGAGCCCGGCGGCCGUGGCGGAUAACGUGGAAAGGGCCGAUGCUUUACAGUUGUCGGUGGAGGAAUUCGUGGAGCGGUAUGAAAGACCUUACAAGCCCGUGGUUCUGCUGAAUGCCCAGGAGGGCUGGUCUGCGCAGGAGAAAUGGACUUUGGAACGCCUGAAAAGAAAAUACCGGAACCAAAAGUUCAAGUGUGGUGAAGAUAACGAUGGCUACUCGGUGAAGAUGAAAAUGAAGUACUACAUCGAGUACAUGGAGAGCACGCGGGACGACAGCCCCCUUUACAUCUUUGACAGCAGCUAUGGUGAGCACCCCAAAAGAAGGAAACUACUGGAGGACUACAAGGUGCCCAAGUUCUUCACUGAUGACCUUUUCCAGUACGCAGGGGAGAAGCGCAGGCCCCCUUACAGGUGGUUUGUGAUGGGGCCACCACGUUCUGGAACCGGGAUUCACAUUGACCCUCUGGGAACCAGUGCCUGGAAUGCCUUAGUUCAGGGCCACAAGCGCUGGUGCCUGUUUCCAACGAGCACUCCCCGAGAACUCAUCAAGGUAACCCGAGAAGAAGGAGGGAACCAGCAAGAUGAAGCAAUUACCUGGUUUAAUGUUAUUUAUCCCCGGACCCAGCUUCCAACCUGGCCACCUGAAUUCAAACCCCUGGAAAUCUUACAGAAACCAGGAGAGACUGUCUUUGUACCAGGAGGCUGGUGGCAUGUGGUCCUCAAUCUUGACACCACCAUUGCCAUCACCCAGAAUUUUGCCAGCAGCACCAACUUCCCUGUUGUGUGGCACAAGACGGUAAGAGGGAGACCAAAGUUAUCAAGGAAGUGGUAUAGGAUCUUGAAGCAGGAACACCCUGAACUGGCAGUCCUAGCAGAUGCAGUUGACCUCCAGGAGUCCACAGGAAUUGCCUCCGACAGCUCCAGUGAUUCCUCCAGCUCCUCCAGCUCCAGCUCUUCUGACUCGGAUUCAGAGUGUGAGUCUGGGUCUGAAGGCGACGGGACAGCACACCGCAGGAAGAAGAGGAGAACGUGCAGCAUGGUGGGGAACGGGGACACCACCUCACAGGAUGACUGCGUGAGCAAAGAGCGCAGUUCCUCCAGGAUUAGGGACACUUGUGGAGGCCGGGCUCAUCCCUGAGCAAAUAAACAGACUCCCUGAGGUGGCUCCUGUGUAAGCUGUUGCGGCCACCUGACUCAGUCUCACGUCCUCUGCUCCUACCUUCUCCUCUGUCUUCUUUGAAUGUGGAUCUCCAUUCUCUGGUCCAAGCUCCUGUCCUCGGUCAAAUUCUGGUCUUAAUGCUUAUUAAGACUAGAUUCUCAUCAAGUGUAAAGCUCAGCCAGCGCAGUGAAACACUGACACUAAAGUGAUGUUGGGUAAGAAGGUGUGCUGUUGUGUUUGUAACUGUGCUGGUCAACCACAAGGCUGGAGGGGUGUGAUCCAAUCAGCAUUUCGCUGUGUCUGCCGCCUCACUGCUUUUGGUAAGGAACAGCUGGCUGUAUCCAAGCAGAGACAUGAGAGUGGUGAGUGGCUUUGAUUUGUGUGUGAACCAGUCAUGUAAGAAGUACUGCAAGUGUGUGCUGCCUUCCUGGACAUCACCAUCAGUUCAAAGCUACAUUCAGGGGUGGGGACCCAGCCAUGUGCCCAGCACCAUUAAUUACUGCUCAGUCCUGUCUUAGGAUUCCUUUUCUUCCUCCACAGUCAGAGUGCCUAUGAAAUUUUAGGGGUGUUUUUGUAUCUUAUAUUUCAGGGGCCAGUGGGUACCACAUUGGAGUCUUUUUGUUUGCAUAGAAUGGGAAAGGUAGAGCUGGGGGUAUGGCUCAAGUGGUAGAACACUUGCCCUGAGUUCAAACCCCAGUUCCACCAAAAACAAAAAAAGAGUAGGAAUGGCAUUCAUUGUAUUUUUAGCUCAGAACUUGAGUCAUAAGUAGGCCAUUUGGAUCUGCAGAUACUUCUGAACAGCUCUGGUGGGAUAUUUGGGGAAUGACCAACAGGUUUCCUCUCUUACCCUCUAAAUUCACCUACUUGCCUUAAUCUGUCACUAAAUUUAAAUAAAUAGAGGAAAGGGGGGGUUGUCAGGGCCUUAUCCCAUGUCAAACUCAACUGUGGUCCUGGGAGUGGGGAGCAUCUGCAGAUGGGUUGAAACUGCACAGUGCUGCUUCUCAACAUCCCUAACACUGGAAUGACUGGGGCCUCCAGGCCUCUGCCAGUGUUAACUUUCUAGCAGAUGGGUCAUUGUUUCCUGGCACUGCAUCGAGUGGCCUUAGUUUAGGAGGCUGGUCAAUUUUCUCUUAGUUCAGGUUUCUACAGCCCGAAACUGCAGCCCGCUGUAGGAGGCUAAAGGAAGAAUCUCCCUUUCAGAGUCAGAGCCCCGGCUUCUAGAAAGAACUGCCCACCAAGGGCUUCCAGCCGAUUGUUGCCCCCUACUCCCUCCAACAGCUCCCUCUGGUCCUCUGGUGAUCCAGACUCUGUUCAAGUGUGGUCAAGUGCGGUUCAAGUGUGAGGCAAACCCUGAAUGUGAAAUCUCUGUAGUGAUACCUGAAUGCUGUUCCUCCUCCUGCUUUUUAAAAAAUUCUCUUGCCAUCUUCAGAAAGCAUUUUUCUUUUCCCCAGUAUUGCUGCUGGGCUGUUCCAUUGCCCUUCACCAACUGCUCCUCUAAACUUCAGUUUAAAAUAAGAAACAAGCAGGAUGCACUGGUUACAUGCCUGUAGUCUCAGCUCCUCGGGAGCCUGAGGUGUGAGGAUCACUUGAGCUCAGGAGUUUGACCAGCCUGGGCUACACAGCAAGACCCUGGCUCAAAAAAAUGAUUUCUUUUUCUUUUUUUUUAAGUAACCAUAAAAUGGAGCUCUUUGCCACCAGGGGGCAGGAUGGGUCAGGAUGCCAAUGGCCUGGGUGGUGGAGCAGGAAUUUGAAAUUGAACAAUCAUCUACCCAGCUCUCUUCCCCCAGAUGCCAGAGCUGUUGUCUGGCACCAAGAAUGAGGGGCCCAUCUGACCACCACAGUCAUCACUCCUCAAAGUGUCUGGAUGGUACAGAUUCUGUGCUGCUGUUAGGCUUUUGCUGCCCUAUAAAUAACUGUGGGGUGUGCUUUAUUCCAGCUAGGCCAGGGACUCACCACCCUCCCCACACACACACUCCACCCCACUUCUCCCCCUUCCAUCCCAAUGGACAAACCAAGCAUUCCAUUAAGGAAACAGCAAAGACAAGGUUGGGCACUGGGUGCAACAAAGGAGUAGUGGCUCAGGUGAUAAGGACAAGGUAGGAAGUGGAGCCAAAGGUGCUAACCCAUCUUCCCUCCUACCUGGCAUGAGCGCCUCUGAAUGGUAUCAGCAGUAGGAAGUGAAGGAUGAAGCAUUAGACUGUUUCCUGGGAUUAGUCUCCAAGAAUAUGUGAUCUUGGAACUGGAUCCUGGGAAAAGGAUCUUAGACUGAUGGGGAGAGGCAGGGUUAGAGUCUUUGGGAAUGCGUGCAGCUCACCAUCAGCCCGGAGAGACUGUGCUGACUGCAAGGUGCCAGUGCACUUGUUAGAGGUCCUGGGAUGUUUAGGGACACCUGAGGGAGAGCCACAAAACAGCUGCACGGGCAUUACCCACAUUUUUCUCUAUUCCUGGAGCUACUGGCUUCUUAAUACUCCAGUACUCAGAGUUCCAGUGCCAGCGUGCUCAGGUGCUGCAGGUGCAGCAUGGAGUAGCCCAGUUCCCUGAUCUCAGGGAGCUUGGUGAACAGUGACUGUGACUGGUCCCACCCGAAAAGCAAGUGCAGUCCUGGCCAAAUGCAGGUUUAUUAGCUCUUCAGGAGGAACAUAAGGAACAUACAGCGGUGGACUUAAAUUAGCACGUGGCAUCUUUGUAGAGUACGUACACUAAAGGUGUCAGGAAGUGACUGGUGCCAGUGCUUUCUAAACUGGAGCAGGCGAAUGCAGUGUGUCGUCUAGGUGUCUUCUAGGAGGUAGGCCUCUAAGGACACAGUAGGUUCUUUAGAUUGUAGCAUUCCCACAGAGAAGUUUUGAUGUGUGUGCUGGUACUGUUGAUGGUUUCUGGUAGAGGGUGACUUCUUCCUCUGCCCCCACCCCCUUACUUUUGUUAAGAUGUUACAUUAAUGUUACAUUGUUUUCAGCAAGACUUGGUGAAAGUGGGCCCCCAGGUGGUAGCUCUCAACUUGUCUCAUUGUUUAAAAACUUGAAUGUGCAGCCCCAGGACUCUCCCUAUUGGAUCCACCGGCCUGCUGUUUCCGUGGUGAUUGGAUGCCACAGAAGAACUGGCUGCCCCUGAGCACUCAGGCCUCCUGUAGUUGUCACUCAGGCAGGUUCUGCCUGCCCCCACUGUGGGGUCUACCAUGAAAUGCCUCUGGGUCUGCCUUUGGAUUGGCAUUUUUAACUUUUAUGUGGAUAAAACUUGUUUACCAUUUUAAAUAA